GCUACACUACAUGGGCUGGACUUUCGUAUGAUGGAAGUAGAGUCCAAGCCCGUAAUCGACUGCAUCCGUCCUGGUUCAUCAGUACAUGUAAGAACGAACCAAUCAUCAUCCGCCAAAACCCAGGCCGUGUGGGGGAUUUGAAGCCUGAAGAAAAAAAGAAGGUGAAGACAGAGAGAUAAAGCUAUGGCUGGGAAUACCCAAUCCCUCAUCCACACACUCCUCACCUGAACAGAACUCAGUUUCGGCAGCAGCGUCCAUCCGCCGAAUCCCUAAUUUUUCCGCCUCACCCAAUCCAAGCACCGAGAAAAACCUCAAUUCGCCAUUUCCAAACUCCCGACAUUCAGAAGCAGCAGAAUCGUCGUCGUCCCCAAGGCGCGAAAGAGAGCAUUGGAGAUGAGUUGUUCUUGUGCAACCUCCGCCGCCGCCAUCGGCCUUCUGUCUUCUCCGCACCCCAGCGCCACUCUGUUACCUCCCUCGCUCGCUCUACCUCGUUCCUCGUCUCCUGCGCUAGCAACCGCCGCCAGGUGGAGGAAGCAGCAUCAGCGGAGGCAGCCGGUCUGCUGCGAAGUGGCGGUCCGAUCGUCGAACGAUUCGGCGACGUCGUCGGAGCAUAGGAUCGGAGCGAAGGUGCGGGUGACGGCGCCGCUGAAGGUGUACCACGUGCCCCGCGUGCCGGAGGUGGAUCUGACGGGGAAGGAAGGGGUGCUGAAGCAGUACGUAGGGUUGUGGAAGGAGAAGACCAUCUCCGCCAAUCUACCUUACAAGGUGGAGUUCCUGCUGGAGGUCGAAGGCCGUAGCGCCCCCGUCAAGUUCUCCGCCCAUCUCCGCGACGACGAGUUCGAGUACCUUGAUUGACGAGGGAAUGAGUUUGGUUAAAAUUUCAGAUAGCAGAAGGAAAUCUUCGACAACCACAUGCUUCCUGGAUUGAGGUAAGCAGAAGAAGAAAGCUCCUUUCCCGCCGCUGCCAACCAAACCAAUUUGAUUCGGCUGGUUGCAGUACUCUUCACUCUUCAGGCAGGCAAAUGUUAGCUCUCUUUCUUGCAUUUUUAGCCACUGUGUCUUGUUGCUGGUAAAUUACUCGUAUAUAAGAUGGGAGAUAUAGUAGUCUUUUUCUGCUUCUUGUGAAUGUAUUCACAGUUUUGAGCCUCUCUGGUCUCUCUUUCCUCCCUUCCCACAAAACAGAACUGCUGCCUGCAGUGAAACGAAUGAUUGUUUGCCUAUAAAAAUGUUAUCUUUACUGUAAUAAUGCAGAACUCCAUUG